AUCGGCGGUCCGAUCUAUUAAAAAAAUGCGCACGAAUUAAAAACUAAAUACGAAAAAAAAAUUAUCCGGAACCCAAUUCCAGUUGGGACCGCGCUUUGCAACCAACUCGAACGUCCCAGAGACAUGAACCCUGUUUGAAAUAUGCAUUCAAUUGAAGACAUAGUAGCCGAAGUCGACAGAAAAAAGGCAGAGGCAGACGCAAAAGCCAUCAACAAAAAAAAGCGAGCAGCGGAAAGGAAACAGCGUCUGGAUCAAACAAUCGCUCACCAUGAAGAAACGAAAAAAAAAAAAAACGGUAAGGUUUUUUAUGCCAUUUUUGGAAAGGAUUCUGUUCCAGACCUACAACUUGCAGCGAGUCAAAAGUCAAUUGAGCUCAAAGACAUCCGGCUCCUGAUAUGUUCCGUCAUUUUCAAUUCGCCACUUCCGUGGGUCAUCAUUAAGGCGUCUUAUCUGAUAGAGCACGUUGUGCUGAUUGUUUUAGACUCUUUGUGCGAGAGUCUCUAUCAGAAAUUACAUGAAGAGAAUUUGAUGUCGAACUUGAGUCGGUUUUUCCCGGCUGACCUGACGAGGCCCACCCACGUUCCCAGCACGCCGAACUACGUGUUCAACGGUAUUCCCACGUUGCUGAAGUGGUCCAAGCGCAAGGCCGGCGGAAACCGCAGGAAAAACGAGGAAAUGACACUCGAAUGGAAUGAAGCCACUACGAAAUCCUGUUUGUGUCAUUCAAAAAAUGAAAAUCGCACUUCGAAGUACUGCGUUCAUGACUUUGCUCUUUUGCCGCAAGAAUGCCUACUUACUGAAGAGGAGAUGAUUUUGAAUUCCUAUCCUCUUCCGUGCAAUACGACUGAGGAGGAAUAUCGUGUCAUUGGAGAUAAAAAGUGUCACACUGCCGGAGAAAUUCCAAAAAUGUACGCAGUGGACUGUGAAAUGUGUAUUACGACUCACGGGAUGGAGCUGACGCGCGUCAGCGUCGUCAACGACUCGUUGGAAGUCGUCUAUGACGAAUACGUGAAGCCCCAUCACGAAAUUUUGGAUUAUUUGACGCGUUUCAGCGGAGUUACUGAGGAGAAGUUGAGUUGUGUCGAGACUCGUUUGGAAACCGUCAGGCAUGACCUGUUCGAAUUAUUCAAUUCAGAUACGAUAUUGAUUGGUCACUCCAUGGAGAACGAUCUGCGAGCGCUCAAAUUGAUUCAUUAUCGCGUGGUUGACACGGCAAUUUUAUAUUCGUGCUUCAGGGGCGAGCAACAAUACAAGCGCUCCCUAAAGUCCCUAGCAGCCGAAUGGCUUAAAGAGACGAUUCAGAUGACAGACCAUGACUCGAAUGAGGACGCGCGAACCGCCAUGAAGUUGGCUCUACUCAAGUUCAAAUACGGUCACCGACUUGGAUCUCAGCAAGAAAAUUUGUGUGAGUACCUAUCCAAAAACGGGAAAAGAACGGUCCUCGUGGACGAUGCGUGCAGGUGCAAGCGCUAUGCCGGAUCCCACACGGACUGUCAUGGAGAAGCGUCAGACGAGCAAUUGACGAAGAAAAUGGUCGGCGCCAUCAAAGGCGGUCAAUAUGACUUUCUAUAUGUGCGUCUGAGGGCGUUGCAAAAAUAUUAUGAGGGUCCCGAGUGCGAAUCGGCGCCGCCAGAGUUUCAGGCAGAGAAGAAGGUGUGUGAAGAGAUGGACGAAUAUGUUGGUGAAAUUUUGAGUGUUAUCCCGAAAAGAACACUUGCCAUUGUUACAGGUGCGCAUGGAAACCUGCACCACAUGAGAAGGCUAUUGGAUGAAAAAAACCGAGGAGAGGGUUGGUCGCCAGAAGACGAAGAAAGGCUGCAACAACAGAUUCAGACAGCAAAAACAACUGUGUCGUUCUUUAAAGUCACGAAUAACCGAAAUCUUGCUGCAAUGGAUUCGUAGCGCCCAAAGAAAAAAAAAUUUCCAGUAGCGGUUUUUAUACUACAUUCGUAUAUAAAAAAGCGUAUAAAGUACGCACACAUUCGGUCCUUGCUAUAGAAGGUUGCCCAAAUUUUUGUCAUGAAACAUGCGAAUAAAACGGCUGCUUAGAAUUUUUGCGAGGGGAUGGAAAGAGGGAAUUUUGAGACCAGAGAGAUUUUACAAGAUCAAGCAACCAGAGGCUCGUCGCUUGCCUUUUCCCUUCUUAGAGUCGUCUGGUGAGCGAAUAACAACGCGAAUUGCUUCGUCAAAAACGGCUUUGAGCCCCUUUUGGGUGAGAGCAGAACAUUCCAUAUACUUGACAGCACCAAUUUCUUUAGCCAUUUGCAUACCAGCAUCAUAAGUGAUGGGCGAUUGGCGCUUAGAAGACAGUUUUUCAAUGGUUUCUGCGUCAUCUCGAAGGUCUAGCUUUGUGCCAGUUAAAACGAUUGGUGUGUUUGGACAAUGGUGAGACACCUCUGGAUACCAUUUUGCGCGAACGUUCUCGAAAGAGCUAGGAUUGACGAUAGAAUAGGCAAUCAAAAAAACAUCUGUCUGUGGGUAGCUGAGCGGACGAAGACGGUCAUAAUCUUCCUGACCAGCGGUAUCCCAUAAUCCUAAGUUGAUGGGCUUUCCAUCCACCAUGACGUUGGCGCUGUAAUUAUCAAAG